CUCUUAUUGCUUUUGAGUGAUCGAACAAAACGAGGGCUUUCUUUUGUUUUCUUCCUUUGAUUUUUCUUCCCUGUUGAAUCUGCUCCCAGAGAGAGAGAGAGAGAGAGAGAGAGUCGGAGACGGUGAGUUGCAGCGAUUCUUUCAAGGAAUAAAUUGAAUCUAUCGUAACGGAGGGAAACUGAACUCAAACCCAACUAAAGAUGGGCUGUUUCACAGUCUUAAAAAGCAAGAAGAAGAAAUGCGAGCAGCCCACUUGCAUCAUCAGCAAAACUGUCAACCCCCAUGAGAUUGCACCCACCACACUUCCCGAACCACAAACCCAAGGACGAUCUCUCCAAUCUGCCCCUCCAAGCUUCAGAACUAGAGCUAAGCCUGUCCAAUCAGUUAAUCACCGUACCACCAAUAGUAGAACCCGUGCAUUAUCUGCUCCUUCAAGCCUGCAUGUGGCUGAGAGGGAUGCCCUUGCAGCCAUGGAAUAUGAUGAACAGGAAGAAUCCAAGGGUCGAGGUGGAUUAGCGAAGGAACAACGGGCCCCAAGCGCACAACCUCUCCCUCUUCCAUCACCUCAAAGUACUGCUGUUUUGAGGAAUAUGGGAAGCUUCAAGUCAAGCACCGCCAGUGGACCUAUUUUUGCAUCUGGUCCUCUGCCUUUGCCUCCAUUGACAGGUCUUAGAAACUUCUCCUACGAAGAAAUUGCGGCUGCUUGCCAACAUUUCUCACCAGAGAGAUGGAUGUCUGAGGGUCUUUCAUCCAUGGUUUACAGAGCUUCUUUUGGAGACGAUGCAUCAGGUUCCAAGAAGCUCGAGGCCACCGUUACUCGCCUUCAUCCUUCUACUCAGGGUUUUAAGGAAUUUGUGAAUGAGAUUAACAAACUCGCGACGCUGCAACAUCCCCAGCUGUGUAAAUUGCUUGGUUUUCAUGCACGUGAGGGUUCUGAGCAACGGAUGUUGGUUUACGAGCGGCUUUUCCAUGGAAGCUUAGAUCGUCUGUUGUAUGGGCAAUCUGAUGGGCCUCCCAUUGACUGGGGUGCCAGAAUGAAAGUGGCUCUAUGUGCUGCACAAGGUCUUGCAUUUUUACACGAGGAAGGGCCUUUCCAGGCCAUGUACAAUGAGUUCUCUGCAGCAAGUAUACAGAUAGACAAAGAUUUUAGUGCAAAGCUUUCAGGUUAUGGAUGCGUUAGCUACUGUCCAGAUCCAGAGAUCACAAAUAGCUCUGCACCUUUGUUUGAAAUUCAGGCGAUGGCAAAUCUUUCAGUGGAAACUUUGGAGAGAGGAUUACUCACUCCUAAGAGCAAUGUAUGGAGCUUCGGAAUUGUUCUUCUUGAAUUGCUCACUGGCCGGAAGAAUCUUGACAGCCGCCACCCCAAGGAAGACCGGAACCUGGUCAAAUCGAGCUGGCCUUUUCUAGCAGAUGAUUCCCGGCUGUCCUUGAUCAUGGACCCAAGGCUGAAAGGCCGUGUCCCCACCAAAGCAGCCCGGACUGUUGCUGACCUAGCUCUAAAGUGCCUUCAGAAGGACCCCUCAGAAAGGCCAACCAUGAGAACCAUUGUGGAAUCCCUCAAGAACAUUCAAGACAUGAAGUAUUCUUGUUGGUUCCCACUCCAAGAGCCCGCAACGAUCAGCAGGAAGCAUAUGCUGCGGUCUCCGAGCCUCAAUGGGGUUGUUACACUAGCACCCAGAUUGAGUUUUUCACCGUCCCCACCUUCUAGAAUCCGCCCCUCGGUUUCUCCCACACGACCACCAUCUAUUCCCAUCCCACUUCCUCCUAGGUCAUGCUCAAUGGUAUCGAUGGAAGACAGUCCAACAGAUGAUGGCCGGAAAAUGCCGGUGCCGAUGGUUCGGCGGCCUGGGGUUGAAGGAUUUUGAUUGUUGAUAGUAUUUUUCCUUAUUUUCAUUUUUUUGGGGGUUUCUUUGUUUAUGAUUUAACAUAGUAUAAAUGAUAAAGAUGUGGUGCUUCCACCCUUUUAUUACUCAUUAAAAUGUAAAUGAGAAGAUGGCCAUUUGUAGAUAUAAAGAAGAAGAGUGUAAGCCUUGUUUUUGGGAAUGGAUCUGUAUCAGUUUUUACUCA